GCCCAUGAGAGUUCAAAACCUCAAAUCAAAUAUAAGUGAGCUGUUAUUAUAAUCAUUGGCGACACAGAGAAAGUCAAACUGCGCUUGUGACUACAUGGAAAUCUUAAAGAAAGAAGAUUGAUUGCAUGCUGACUAUGAUUGUGAUCAUAAGAGAUUUAUGGGCUUUCCUCAGGAAUGAAUGUUGAACAACUUCAAGUGUGCGUCAGAGGUAAGCCCUUUGAUAUCAUUUUUAAACCCUUCUUCGCUGUUCUGCAAUCAUCAUCGCACUUUAGGCUUUUCUCUUCUCAAAAAUCAACAGAAUCAACAAAAACUAAAGGUUUGGUUAAAGGACUGAGAGUCUUAGAUGUCAUAGCUUCAAAGCCAAGUGUUAUUGACAAUCGCCAAAGCCAUCUUCGCCUCAUUCAGGACUUUCUUCAGACAAGUUCAUACCAGUUUUCAGAGCAGCGUGUUAGUGAUUAUUACCCUUAUUCAAAUUCAAUGGAAGAUUCAAUCUUGAUGCUUUUUAGGCUACACAGAGAAGGGUUGAAAACUGACGCAAGUGUUUUAUCACAUGCUUUGAGUUCAUGUGGGUCUUCAAGAACUCUCAGUGUAGGAAUUCAAAUACACUGCAUGUCAAUCGUAAAUGGGUUCAUGGGCAAUGUUUAUAUCGGAAGUUCUUUGAUCACUUUUUACAGCAAAUGUUGUGCAUUGGACAAUGCAUGCAGGGUGUUUGAUGAGAUGUCUAUGAGAAACAUAGUAUCCUGGACCGCAAUCAUGAAUGGGUUUGCGCAAGAAUGUCAAGUUGAUAUUUGCUUGGGUCUUUAUCAUAAAAUGAGAAUUUCAAGACUGUCACCAAAUGAUUUUACGUUCACAAGUUUCUUGAGUGCUUGUACGGGUAGCGGGUGUCUUGGUAAAGGAAAGAGCGUUCAUUGCCAAACAAUUCAAAUGGGUUUCGAUUCGUAUAUCCAUAUUGCUAAUGCUCUGAUGUCAAUGUAUUGCAAGUGCGGGACUGUUAAAGAUGCAUUGUUUGUACUUGAGAACAUGAAUUACAAAGAUUUGGUGUCGUGGAAUACAAUGAUUGCCGGCUAUGCUCAGCAUGGGCUUGCGUCUCAGGCCAUUGGUCUUUUUGAAGAGCUGAUGAUGCACAGGGUGAAACCUGAUGCCAUUACUUUCCUUGGCAUCCUUUCUUCAUGCCGCCAUGCUGGUUUUGUUGAACAAGGGUGGUUCUACUUCAAUUCAAUGGUUAAAUAUGGUAUAAACCCGGAAAUGGAUCAUUAUUCAUGCAUUGUGGAUCUUCUUGGUCGAGCUGGGUUGAUAGAAGAGGCUCGAGAUUUCAUCAAAAAGAUGCCUACUAAUCCCAAUGCUAUCAUAUGGGGGUCAUUGCUAUCUUCGUGUAGGCUUCAUGGCAAUGUUUUGAUAGGAAUUGAGGCUGCAGAGAAUAGGCUUGUACUGGAACCAUGGUCUGCUGCUACCCACCUGCAACUGGCAAAUAUGUAUGCCAGUACCAGGUGCUGGGAUCAGGCAGCACGCAUUAGGAAACUUAUGAAAGAUAGAGGGAUGAAAACGGAACCUGGUUACAGUUGGAUCGAGAUAAAGAAUGUGGUUUCUAGAUUCAGAGUGGAGGACAAAUCGAAUAAUGAAGUAAGUGAAGUUCUUGCUGUGCUAGAUGUUUUGGUAGACCACAUGAGUGGUAUACACUGUGUUCCUGGAAUGCAUGAAGAGGAGGCUGACUAUUAUUUGUACACAGCAAUAUAAGCUAUGAAGAUACCUCUAUAAUGUGGUACUUCAAAUCGUUCAUGCCCCAGACUUGGGCACGUGGUACUUGAGCUUGGAGUUUCAGGCUUUCAGCCUGGAUUUGUGUUCCUGGUGCGGACUCUGUGAUAAGAAUUGGAAAUCGCAUAUAUAGACUGAAACGCUAGUUGCUAGAGCAUGGAAAAAUGAGGCAAUGUGAGUUCACUGCUGCUUGUGCAGUUUAUAUCUUGUGUUUGGCAGGGUCACAAACCAGUGCUAUUAGAUUCUUGCAUUGGCAGUAUUAGCUUUCAUGAGUUGCAGAUUCUUGGAGAACCAACUGAUGGAGCGUUUCUGUUUGGGAUCAAACUUUUUGAUCUGAACUGGUGAUCUAAAUCUAUAGCCUUAGCCGGAGUUCUUCCAAAGGACCAUAGAGCAGAGCUGCUAAAGAGUUUUGCUCCCAAAACGGGGCUGUGUGAUUUUAGAUAUUUAAGCUAUUCAUGUGAGGUAGAUACCGUGUUUAUGGCAGCCUCAAUCUCAAUGAACUUGAACUCUGCUCUGGAAUAAACUUACAAUGAGAUUAAGACACCUGGAGGAGACAUCCAUGUCUUCAACUAUAAUGAGUUCCUUGCUACCUGUCAUCUGCUUCAGAACAAAUUGGUCGUUGGGCCU